AUGCAGAUCCUCUUUUGCUAUCCCCACGGUUCGAAGGCGUCACCUUACAAAGCUACGUCUGGACAGGAGUCUAAACGUCCUGGCACGGAUCGCCUCAGUCGGGAGAUGGUGACACCCAUUGGACGACUCACCGAUUUCGAAAAUCAGUCGGGUAUCGCCAACGUAGGAGAUUUCUUGGACCGAUUUCUCAUCUUCAGAACCGACUUUUCAUCUAUCGACUAG